AUGCUUGGUCUCGCAGUGUGCCCCUUCCUGCCUUCUUUUCAGUUAAAGAGACUCUGUUGCUGUCUUUUCCACCAGACGAUCGUCCCCACGGCGCCGCAGAUCUUGCAAGAUUUCCAUUCGCGCGAUAGAAUCCACCAGACCUUGCUUGUCACGAUUUGGGAACUCGGGGAAGGGAUUGGCCCGUUUUUUAUCGCACCUCUCUCCGAAAGAUUCGGCCGGCUUCCCGUGCUCCAUCUGGGAAAGGGGGGCGGAUGGACAUUCUACUGA